AUGUCGGCAAGGACCGUUACCAUCAAACCCAACUUGCCCCAAAGGCGCGACUCUGAGCAGCUCGCACGCUGGAGGAGUGACGCGCGAAAUGUACCCGUCACGCCUGCCUUUGGGCAUGAACAUAAGAGUCUUCAUGGAAAGGUCGACCCUGAGGCGGCAGGUCAAGAUUAUUUCGGUUUGAAACCAGCACUUCAUGGCAAUGUCAUCUCCGCCACAUUUACUGUCCCGCAUAUUUUGUAUGAAAAGGGAAAACUGCAAUGGGAAACUGGCCAUCGUUUCUGGCGUUCUGGGCAUGUCGACUGUCUGUCGCACUUGUCGCUCGAGCAGGCCCCUUUGCGACAUACUGUGGUGGCCUGGACCGGGGAAAUAAGCCAGUCCGAAGACAAGUCUACGAAGUCCUCGGUUGCACCAUCGUCUACUACCAUUGAUCCGACUUGGCAUGUUCAGGAAAAUAAUGACUCAAAUAUCGACAAAACUUUGUUCAUCAGUACCAAAGAGCAGGAUCGGCUGGAGACGGAUUUGUAUGAGAGCCGCGAGAGAAUAUUGCCAGUCUGGCUCUGUGCAGACUCAGAACGCAAAGACAGCGGAAUUGAGCUGAAAAACCAAUCGAGAUGGCGAGAAUAUGCUGAGCACGAUCUAUACCCGCUCUUCCACUACAAGCAACGAGAGCCAACAGGUGGCGGUGAUGAGAGGCUCCGAUGGAAUGACUACCACCGGGUCAACGCAGCCUUUGCCGACAAGAUCUGCACAAACUACAAGCCGGGCGACAUUAUCCUAGUACACGACUACUACUUGAUGCUCGUGCCCCAGAUGAUUCGUCAACGGCUACCCCAUGCCCGCAUUGCCUUUAUACUUCAGACGCCAUUUCCCACGAGCGAGUUUGUGCGAUGUCUCCAUCGCCGGCAAGAGCUUCUCGAAGGUGUGCUCGGCGCGGACGUGAUCGUCUUCCAGGCCCAUCUCUACGCCGAGCACUUUGCCAAUUCUUGUGCCCGAAUCCUCCAGACAGAGGUCCGGACGAACCAGCUCAUCCACAGCGGCCGCUGCAUCCAGCUGGCGCACAUACCCACCGGCAUCAACAUCCAGCACAUUUCCCAGCUCGCCUUCAACCCGGCCGUCGAUAAGGUCUGCGAGGACGUUGUGCGCGCCUUUGCCGGCAAGAAGAUCAUCCUCGGCCACGACCCCAUGAACAGCCUGUCCGGGCUCGACAAGAAGCUCCAGGCUUAUGAGCGCUUCCUGCACGACCACCCGGAGUGGCAGGAGCGCGCCGUCCUCGUGCAGCUCACGAGCCCGGCCAUGCUUGAGGCCGGCGGCACCGAGGAGGCCGAGUUCGCGUCGCGCGUCAACCUCCUCGUCGCGACCAUCAACUCGCGCUACGGCUCGCUGGGCCACACGCCCGUGCAGCUCUCGCCGCUGCCGCCGCAGCAGGACGCCUACUUUGCGCUGCUGCGCCGCAGUGACGUGGCCCUCAUCACAAGCGUCCGCGAGGGCAUCAGCACCACCGCCCUCGAGUACAGCAUCUGCCAGCGCGACCGCCGCGGCACCCUCAUUCUCUCCGAGUUUAGCGGCACCGCCGGUGCGCUGAGCAACGCCGUUGUCAUCAACCCCUGGGACGUGUCGGCCGUCGCGCGGCAGAUUUACACGGCGCUCACGGCGACCGAAACGGACAAGAUGGCGAGCCAUGAGGCGCUGUUUCGGCAGGUGCAGGAUAUGGGCGUUGAGCGCUGGGCGAGGAGGCUUUUUGGUAUACUGGAGCGUCUGCCAACGAAAGAGGGUUCUCAUGGCACCAGGACAAGUCCAAUUCCUGAAUAA